CUGCAUCAUUCAAACGCUUAUAAACAAAGAGCACCUGUCAAAUCAUAAUUAGAGUAAUUAUGUAGAUUUCUGGUACAAUUUGGUCUUAAAAAUGUAACUGUAUAGGUCAACUAAUAAACCAUCAUCGCAGAUGAACUAGAAGUAGAAUUGAGGAGGUAUAAAUACGUGUACAUGUACCUUCAUUAAACCAAGUUCUGCUGUGAAGAAUGUAAAUUUUUACAACAGAUGAGAUCAUGGAAAAUACAGUGGCUAAAAGAAAAGAUGGAUGUGUGGAUUGUGAGUCUGCUACGCUGAAGAAGGCUCGACAUUCAUGGCAGGUGAAGAGAAGUAACAGAGAAGAUAUUUCUAGUGUAACUGAUGUUGUAAUCUGUGACAAUAUCUCAUCAUGCCAACAUUGUAAUUCAAGGGGAGAUAAAUCUGGUUGUCAGUGUAAUCCAGAUGUAGCUUGUGUCAAAUUCAAUAAACCUGCAGAGAUUUCUGAAAAAGACAUGGACUGCUCAUCAUCCAAUAUGAUGGCCCCUACAUUUGUUCGACACGAGUCUCAAAUAAACCAACCCCAGGUAAAAAGGUAUGAAUAUUCUGAACAGAAAUCUGAAGGGACAACCAGCAUAGCAUAUAUACAGAACACAGUCUCAUCAGCAAUACCAGAUUAUUGUAGCAGUAUUCAUAACUUUUCAAGAACAAGUAGUCCAGUAAGUUCAAAUGGUAAUUUUAGUUUUGAUGGGCAGCAGAUUCAUCCAGAUAUGCAAAAGGAGGAUGGAAGGACUUCUGUUUCAACAAAUUUUUCCAACAGAACUAGUAUACUGGCUCUACCUUCUAGUAGUACUGUUGAUCCAGAAAUAGAAGAGGAGGGAUUAUUGAUAUCACAUCGUCAACGAGAAGAAGAACUCAACUUGUAUCUGAAAAGAUGGCAAAAUCAACACAUUGCAAAAUCUAUCGUAGACAAUGCUAUAAAUAAAACACUUGAAGAAAUGGGGGUUUCACCAGAACCACAACAGUUUGUAACAAAUUUGAUAGAAAGUCAAGGAAUUUCUGAAGCUAUAAAAUUACAGGGACUGAUUCCCCAGUCACAAUGCAAUCAUUUAGGUCCAGUACAGGUUUUAUCUAACUUUGCUGAGUCAUCCAAUUAUUUUAUGUCAUUAUCAAAUCAACAAAUAUCUAACAACAUAUCAGAUGUCAGUUUAAAUGCAGGUACAUCCACAACAAACCAUGACCUGUUGGAUCAUGCUGUCUCUGUUGCUAUUGGCUCCAAAGGGCUCAUAUUUCAUGACCAAGGAAAAUGAUUUGUAUUGGGGAAACAGUACAAACAAGGUGAUUCAAUGAAAUGAAAUACAGAGAUGUACUGACGGCGAGGAUAUAUUUUUAUUGAAUCAACAUUGUAUUAUUUAAAUCUGUAUAUAAGGCUUUUACAUAAACAUGUACUCUUGCCAAGUCUUUAAACAAUCAACAAGCAGAAGUUUUUGUAAAAUUAAGUUACUAUUGAAUAUCUUUAAAACCUCCAAUCUGGAUGUAAAACCCUCCUAAUUUAUCAUGAACUUCAAAAUUGAUUUUUGGUAAAAUUUGGAGAAAAAUAGUAAUGAUAUAAUAAAUUGUAAAUAGCUUGCAACCUCACUCUUCACUUUAAAAUUGUUAAUAUCCACUUUAUAAUUAAAAUUAUAAUGCUAAAUAUUUAUUUUAAAGUUUCAUUUUACAACAGGUAAAAUUUCAAUCAAUCAGGCCUAUCCCAGGCGGUAGAAUAUAUAAUAUUUAGAAGAAGGCAGCUUUGCAUCGUAACUUUUUAUUGUUUCAUUUAGCAGUUAUAAACUGACUUUUUAUCAUUUUGCUAAUAUGAAUAUACACACAUUGUCAUACAAAUGAAACUGUCAUAUACUUAAUAUAAGUUGUAAAAAUAUGUUAUGAAGUGCCAUUCUUAUUAUAAAUGUACAUAUACUAGUAUGAUACUAUGACAUUUUUGUAAUCAGCUUUCAGUAGUAUAGUGCAGAUACUAGUUUCUUAUAACUGCUUUUAACCAAUAUGUGACUGUCAAUGAAAUAACACUUUCUAAAUUUAAAAUUCAAAAUCACUCAAUAAAAUGACCAAUGAUUUUGGAAGGUCAAGUAUUAGUUCUUAAUCAAAUAAAAUUAGUAUACCUUAUUGGUUUUGAGGACACCAGAUCAAGAUCAAAGCCACUAGAAACAUACAGAAAUAUCUAAUAUGAUAUAUUGGAUCAUGCAUCAAAUGUUUAUGGAUAAUUCUUCAUAAGAAGGGGGAGCCAGUAUUGAUUUGGAUUUUUAGGUGAUUUGUCAAGAAAAAAUUCUGUAUAUCCUGUGUAUAUCCUGUUACUGUUCUUUAGUUUACAAAAUUUGUUAGUAUUUCUCUACAAUAAAACAGAUCUUCAGGUACAAGUGUUAGUUGUGUACAUUUACAUUAACAAUAGAUUGAUGCUAACAAUACACUUUUGAAAAUAAAAUGUAAAUUUAUGUAAAUCAAAAGUAUUAAAAAUAGUCACUUAUUGUGUAGUCAUUUAUCAUAGUGGUUGUAGAAUAUUGAUAAACAUAUCCUCCUUUCUUCCUAUGGAAAAUCAUUCAGACAAUUUGACAAUUGACAAUAAAGCAUGGUACUGCAUGAAAAUGUUUAAAUAUCUAAUCCAUUAGAACAAUGGUGAAAUAAUCAUUAGCAGAUCUUCAUGGUUGGUUAGUCAUUCUACUUUGCAUCUCAUUUACAGUACUGUUAUUCCUAUUCUAAUGCAUUAUUAAAAAAAAAAAAUUGGAUAUAUCUUUGUACAUCUACUGCUAUUCCUUACAUUGCUGUUAAUGACUCCGACCAUCCCAACUGUGGAAGUUAUUAAAGAAGACAUCAUCUAGUCAAAAUUGGUGUUUCAUAUAUUGCAUUAGCAUACAUUUGUAGAAGUAUUUUACUUAUAGAGGUUAAAUAGUUUUUACUUUUGCAAGACAUGUUUUGUUUAAAUGUAAAAACAAGGAAUUAUUUGAAACUGGAAUAAUUGACAAGAAAUGUAUGAUGAAAACUAACCCAAUUAAGGAGGGUUAGUUAGUGCAUACUGAAAAAUCAGUGAAUGUAAUGUGAACCUUAGCCACGCGCAUGGCUAACCCUCUUUAGUUUGGUAGUUUUCAUUAUACAUUUCUUACCAAUUUUCCAGAAUUAAAAAUUAUUCCCGAUUCAAAUAAUUCCUUGCUUAAAUCAUGUUCUGAUUUUGAAAAUACCUGGUAACUAAAAAUAUUCAAAUGAAUUCAGAAAUGUUUGACUCCUUUCAGCUGAGUAUCUUUUGAUACCAUGUUGGUUAAGAGACAUGUUAAAGUUAAGUUUUAAUUUCUUUUGAUAAAUCUUAUUUUACUUUAAAAUUUUAUCCAUUGUUCAUUUUUGUGUAAAUUGAAUUUCACUCUUCUUGCUUUUAUAUCGCUCUCUAGGAGUAGGGGCUAUUUUAUACCAAAACUCUUCAAUGGAGGCUAAAUUGCAAUCACCUUGUCCAUCCGUCUUCCAACAAAUAUUUCCUUCACACUGGUUUCAAGUAUCACUGAUCAGAAUGAUUUCAUAUUUGGUCAGCAGCUUGGCCAUGAUGAGUUGUAUUGUGGGAGCUCUUUUCAGAUCUGUCGGACACCUACUUCCUAUUUGUCGAUACCAUGAAUUAUGAGUCGGGUAUGCUGAGCACAGCAAGGCAUGCAUUCUUGUUGAAUAUGCGGUAAAUUUGGGGAUAAUUUUUUAUACAAUUGGAGUAAUUAUUUACACUUUUAAACAAAAUGGAGUAAGUCACAUCUGAAAUUCCUUCUUUUAUACAACCAAAUUAAUGAUAUUUCAAAAAACAAAUACAUUUUAGUUGUUUACCUUAAGUUUGACUUGGUAUUAUUUUGAAUCAUACAUAUUUGACAGUUGUCACACAAAAAUUGUUCUUAUGUUUUAAGACUUUCUGAGUCUCCAAAAAAAUCGCACUUAGUGUACUAUGUAAACAGUGUACCUGUGAGAUCAGUAAGAUGUCAGGACAUUGUCACAAGAAGUUAAAAUAAGCCCAAUAUUGUCACAUUGUAUACACAUAUACAUGUAUAUUAAAGAAUAGCUUCAAUUUGUUAUGGCCAAUCAAUGUAUCGGUAAACAGAAAUAGCUAAAUGUUGCUUUAUAUAAAUACAUUUAAAUGUCAAUGUACAGAUCCUGUAACUAAAAUGGACAUAGUAAAUUGGUAUUUUAAUCAUAGAUAAGAUUUACAUUGUAUUAGUAUUAAUUUAACUUUAUAAAUUUUGUACCUGUUGAAUAGGUAUGAUUAAUGCUGAUAUGCAAUAAGUAAUGCCGUGUGGUCUCAAGCUAACAUGAUUUCCUGGAGUGUGGGGUGUCUUUAAGUUUGAUAACCGACUUUAAAAUUGUUAUCUACUGUUUCUCAGCUGAGCAUGUAGCAUUUAGGAGAAAAGAGCAAUGGUUGGUCUGAUCAUAGAUUAAUUUUAAGGGUUGGGUAUACCUAAUAUGUGCUGCUUUCACAUUGCAAUUCAGGACAUCAUUAUAAUUUUUGUCUCGCCUUGACGGAGUCAAAAAGCGAGACAGGUAUGCUGUUUCCGGCGUCGGCGGCGUCAACAAUGUAUUAGUUUGUGAUUAGGUCUAGUUCAUGGUGAACCACUAGUGGUAGGUCAAUGAUAUUUGGUAUGCAGUUGUAUUAAUAUUGGCACAUCUCAUUACCAUGGAGAUUAUUUGGCCCCGCCCCCUCAGUCAAGGUCUUUUGACUUUGAAACUUUUCAUAGUUUACAUAUAUAAGUUUGUGAUUAUGUCAAUUUAUGGGGAACCACUAGUGGUAGGUCAAUGAUAUUUGGUAUGCAGUUGUAUAAGCAUUGGCAUAUCUCAUUUCCAUGGAGAUUAUUUGGCUCUGCCCCCAUAGUCAUGGUCUAUAGACUUUGAAAAUUUUGCUAAGUUAACAUGUAUUAGUUUGUGAUUAGGUCAGUUCAAGGGGAACCAUUAGUGGUAGGCCAAUGUUAAUUGGUGUUCAGUUGUAUAAGCAUUAGCACAUCUCAUUUUAAUGGAGAAUAUUUGGCCCCGCCCCCUCAGUCAUGGUCUAUUUACUUUGAAACUUUUGCUUAGUUUACAUGUAUUAGUUUGUGAUUAGAUCAGUUUAAGAUGAACUGAUAAUGUUAAGUCAAUGAUAUUUGGUAUGCAAAUUUAUUGGCAUUUGCAAGUUUCGUUUCCAUGGAGAUUAUAUAGCCCCACCCCUGAUCAUGGUUCAUUGACUUGUAAACUUUUACAUAGUUUACAAGUUAAUGUUUGUGUUUAGGUUUGUGUAAAGGGAACAACUUAUAAUAAGUUAAUGGUAUUUGGUAUGCAGUUGUAUUAGCAUUGGCACAUCUCAUUUCAUGGAGAUUAUUUAGCCAUGUACCCUCAGUCACAUAACUUACAUGUUAAAGUAUUGCUAUUUUAAUUUCAACAUUUGCAUUAUCAAAAUUACAAAAAGGCGAGACAUAUCUCUGUGAUAACAGUUUAUGGUUCUAAUUGCAUGUCUAAGAUGAAACAGGGAUCCUAUUGAUAUCACAUCAACAUGCUCCUAUCCUUAAUAUGAUUGAAACAUUAAGGGCAUGAACAUCUCAUCAUAAUGAGUAAACUAUUGCCAAGGUAGGUUUAUAACUGAAGGUAUAUUAUUUUAGGGAUCAUAUAGGCACGACAGUAAAUACAUAUUUGUCUGACUAUGAUAUAUUUUUGAAAAAAAAGGGGAAAAUGUUAAUUGGCAAAUUCUCUAGUUUUCUUAAAACUACUGUUUUAGGAUGUAUUAUUGUAUUGAUGUUAUGGAAGCAGUGCAUAAUGUCCAUCUGCAUAAAUUUUCCACCAGAUUUAUGAUUCUUAUGAAAAUCUCGGCCCAUAUUAUCAACCAGGUUUAGGAUAUCUUAUUAUUUCCAUGCAAGAAGGAUAAAAAUUGGCCAAAGAUCUCAUUUUACAUAAAUACCCUAGGUGUAUCAGAUGGAAAUUUUGUAAUAUAUUUAUAACCCUUAGACGAGAUGGAAAUAUUGUCAUAAAUUGAUUUAACAAGCUGUAUGAGGUGGAAACUUGUAAAAAAUUGUAUACCCUAGGUGUAUUAGAUGGAAAAUUUUCAACCAACUACAGAUAAUAAAAUAUUUUAUCUAUUUA